UUUGGGUGCAUCCGGAGGGCUGAGCUCGGCUUGCUCCGGAGGACCAAGUUGGACCACGGGGGCUGGCUCAGGAUGAGGACCUUCUGGACGACCCCUCGCCGCGCAGUGGAACUCCUCGUGCUGCUCCUUCAGUGCUUCGGGCUGGCAGAGCCCUCUCGCCAUGCAGGUAAUGAUCCAUUCACCAUCGUCAAUGAAAACACAGGCAAGUGCAUCAAGCCACUGAAUGACUGGAUAGUAGCAGCGGAUUGUGACAAAACCCAGGACAUGUUGUGGAAGUGGGUGUCCCAGCAUCGGCUCUUUCACUUGCAGUCCCAGAAAUGCCUCGGCCUAGAUAUUACCAAGCCCAAGGAUUCCUUGAGAAUGUUCAGCUGUAACUCCACUGUCAGUCUGUGGUGGAAAUGUGAGCGCCACUCUCUGUUUGGAGCUGCCCAGUCCAUGUUGGCUCUGAAGAGUGGAUAUGCCGUAGUAAGUACAAAUUCAUCCGAUGUCUGGAAGAAAGGAGGCUCAGAGGAAAGCCUUUGUGACCAGCCUUACCAUGAGAUAUAUACCAGAGAUGGGAACUCCUAUGGGAGACCUUGUGAAUUUCCAUUCUUGGUUGGUGGGACCUGGCAUCAUGAGUGCAUCACUGACAAAAAUCACAGUGAGCCAUGGUGUGCGACCACCUUAAAUUAUGAAUAUGACCUGAAGUGGGGUAUCUGCUUAAACCCAGAAAAUGGCUGUGAAGAUAAUUGGGAAAAGAAUGAGCAGACGGGAAUUUGCUACCAAUUUAAUACCCAGGCAGCUCUUUUUUGGAAAGAAGCUUAUGUUUCAUGUAAGAAUCAAGGAGCUGACUUACUGAGCAUCAGCAGCGCUGCUGAAUUAACUUAUCUUAAAGAAAAAGAAGGCAUUGCAAGAAUUUUCUGGAUUGGCUUAAAUCAGUUGUACUCUUCUAAGGGCUGGGAAUGGUCAGACAACACGCCAUUAAAUUUUCUCAACUGGAAUCCAGAUAUGCCCAGUGCACCUAUAAUAGGUGGGUCAAGCUGUGCAGUCAUGGACGCCACGUCUGGUCUGUGGAAGAGGUUUUCCUGCAAAGAUCAGUUGCCCUACGUCUGCAAGAAGUCAUUAAAUAACACAGUGGAGUUAACAGAUAUUUGGACAUAUUCAGAUACCCGGUGUGAUGCAGACUGGCUGCCAAAUAAUGGAUUUUGCUAUUUGCUGGUGAAUGAAAGCGAUUCCUGGGACACAGCCCAUACGAAAUGCAAAGCCUUCGGCAGUGACCUCAUCAGCAUUCAUUCUUUAGCAGAUGUGGAAGUGGUUGUGACAAAACUCCAUAAUGGAGAUACCAAAGAAGAAACAUGGACAGGUCUUAGGAACAUAAAUACACCAGCUUUUUUUCAGUGGUCAGACGGUACUGAAGUUACUCUAACAUAUUGGGAUAAGAAUGAGCCAAAUGUUCCCUACAAUAAGACUCCCAACUGUGUUUCCUAUUUAGGAGAGCUAGGUCAGUGGAAAGUCCAAUCAUGUGAAGAGAAACUUAAAUACGUAUGUAAGAAAAAGGGAGAAAAUAUAAGUGAUGCAAGAUCUGAUAAGAUGUGUCCUCCAGAUGAGGGCUGGCAGAGACAUGGAGAAAACUGUUACAAGAUUUACAAGGAUGAGGUCCCUUUCGGAACCCACUGUAAUCUGACUAUAACUAGCAGAUUUGAGCAAGAAUACCUGAAUGAUAUGAUUAGAAAGUAUACUAAAUCUCCAGGAAAAUACUUCUGGACUGGCCUGAGAGAUGUGGAUUCACAAGGAGAGUAUAGUUGGGCAAGUGUUGGUGGAGUAAAGCGGUCUGUAACCUUUUCCAACUGGCGUUUUCUUGAGCCAGCUUCUCGAGGCGGGUGUGUAGCUAUGACUACUGAAGAGCCCCUUGGAAAGUGGCAGGUAAAAGACUGCAAAACUUUCAGAGCACUUUCAAUUUGCAAGAAAACCAGUGGGCCUGCAGAGCCUGAAGAAGCCACCCCCAAGCCUGAAGACCCCUGUCCCGAAGGCUGGCAUAGUUUCCCCACGGGUCUUUCUUGCUAUAAGAUAUUUCAUAUAGAAAGAAUUGUAAGAAAAAGGAACUGGGAAGAAGCUGAGAGAUUCUGUCAAGCGCUUGGAGGACACCUUCCUAGCUUCCAUCAUGAGAAUGAAAUAAAGGAAUUUCUUCACUUUUUAAUGGACCAGUUCAGUGGCGAGCGUUGGCUGUGGAUAGGUUUGAAUAAAAGGAGCCCUGACUUACAAGGAUCCUGGCAAUGGAGCGAUCAUACACCAGUGUCUACUAUUAUCAUGGAAAAUGAGUUUCAGCAGGAUUAUGAUAUCAGGGACUGUGCCGCUGUCAAGGUCACACAGAGGCUGUGGCGAAGAAGCUGGUAUUUCUAUAGUGACCGAGAAAUUAUUUAUUUAAGGCCUUUUGCUUGUGAUACGAAACUUGAAUGGGUGUGUCAGAUUCCAAAAGGUCGUACUCCAAAAACACCAGACUGGUACAAUCCAGAGCGUGCUGGAAUUCAUGGACCUUCUGUUAUAAUAGAAGGGAGUGAAUAUUGGUUUGUUGCUGAUCCUCACUUAAACUAUGAAGAAGCUGUCCUGUACUGUGCCAGCAAUCACAGCUCCCUGGCCACUUUAACAUCUUUUGUUGGACUAAAAGCCAUCAAAAACAAAAUAGCAAAUAUAUCUGGUGAUGAACAGAAGUGGUGGGUGAGAACUACUGAGCAGCCAAUAAUAGAUCAUCAUUCUAAAUACUCACGACACAUGUGGCAUCGCCACUUUCCUGUGAUGUUUGGAGAAGAAUGUUCCUAUAUGUCUGCCAGGAGCUGGCUUAACGACUUAAAUAGACCAAUAGACUGUAAUACCAAGUUGCCCUUCAUCUGUGAAAAAUAUAAUGUAUCUUCAUUGGAGAGAUAUAGUCCAGAUUCUGCAGCUAAAACACAAUGCUCUGGGAAUUGGCUUACUUUUCAGAAUAAGUGUUUUCUAAUUAUGAAACCCAAGUCUCUCACAUUUUCUGAAGCAAGUGACACUUGUCACACCUAUGGUGGCACCCUUCCUACAGUGUUGAGUCAGCGAGAACAAGAUUUUAUUAUAUCCUUGCUUCCGGAUAUGGAAGACGAUUUAUGGAUUGGUUUGCGCUGGACGGCGUAUGAAAGGAUAACUAAAUGGAUAGAUAACAGAGAGCUGACAUACAGUAACUUUCACCCAUUGUUGGUUGGUCGGUGGAUGAGAAUACCAAAAGAUAUGUUUUAUGAAGAGUCCAACUACCACUGUGCCCUAAUGCUCAACCACCGAAAGUCGCCUUUUACUGGGACAUGGAAUUUUACUUCCUGCACUGAACGCCACACUCUGUCUCUCUGUCAGAAAUACUCAGAAAUUGAAGGCAGCCAGACCUUACAGAAUACUUCAGAAACUGUAAAAUAUCUAAAUAAUCUGUACAAAAUAAUCCUGAAGACUCUGACUUGGACCGAGGCUCUGAGGGAAUGCCAGAAAGACCAAAUGCACCUGGUGAGCAUCGCAGACCCCUACCAGCAGGCGUUCCUGACUGUGCAGGCGGUCCUUCGAAACUCUUCCUUGUGGAUUGGACUCUCCAGCCAAGAUGAUGAACUCAACUUUGGUUGGUCAGAUGGGAAACAUCUUAAGUUUAGUCGCUGGGCUGAAAAUAAUGAGCUUCUUGAGAACUGUGUGUUUUUAGACACUGAUGGAUUCUGGAAAACAUCUGAUUGUGAUGCUAAUCAACCGGGUGCAAUUUGCUACUAUCCAGGAAAUGAGACUGAAAGAGAGGUCAAACCGGUUAUCAGUGUUCGAUGUCCAUCUCCUGUUUUAAAUACUCCAUGGAUACCAUAUCAGAACUAUUGCUACAAUUUCAUGAUAGCAAAGAAUAGAUUUAUGCCAGUAACACAAGAUGAUGUUCAUUCUAGUUGCCAAAAACUGAAUCCAAAAUCACAUAUGCUGAGUAUUCGUGAUGAAAAAGAGAAUAACUUUGUUCUAGAGCAACUUCUACACCUUAAUUAUAUGGCGUCAUGGGUAAUGUUAGGUGUAAUUUAUGAAAAUAAUUCUCUCAUGUGGUCUGAUAAGACAAUGCUAUCAUACACGCACUGGAGAGAAGGAAGACCAACUGUAAAAAAUGGACAGUUUUUUGCUGGCUUGAGUACUGAUGGCUUCUGGGAUAUUCAACCCUUUAAUGUUCUUAAAGAAAUACUUGACUUUCAUCAGCACAGCAUUCUUGCUUGUAAAAUUGAAAUGGUUGACUACAAGGAAGAAUAUAAUACUACUCUGCCACAGUUUAUUCCAUAUGGAGAUGGUAUUUACAGUGUUAUUCAAAAAACAGUAACGUGGUAUGAAGCAAUAAACCUGUGUUCCCAAAGUGGAGGUUAUCUGGCAAGUGUUCAUGACCAAAAUGACCAGCUCUUCCUGGAAGAUAUUGUAAAACGGGAUGGAUUUCCAUUAUGGGUUGGGCUCUCAAGUCAUGAUGGAAUGGAAUCAGAUUUCGAGUGGUCUGAUGGCAGUGCGUUUGAUUAUAUCCCAUGGAAAGAGAAGCAAUCUGCUGGAAACUGUGUUUUCUUGGAUCCAAAAGGAAUUUGGAAACAUGAAAAAUGCAACUCUUUUAAGGAUGGUGCUAUUUGCUAUAAACCUACAAAAUCUAAAGAGGCAUCCUCUCACACAUACUCCUCGAGAUGCCCAGCAGCCAAUGGAUCACAGUGGAUCCAGUACAGGGACCACUGUUACGCAUCUGACCAGGCGUUACACAGUUUCUCAGGAGCCAAACUGUUUUGUUCAGCACUUGAUCAUUCUGCAACUGUUGUUACCAUAAAGGAUGAGGAUGAGAAUAAAUUCGUGAGCAGACUGAUGAGAGAAAAUAAUAAUAUUACCAUGAGAGUUUGGCUUGGAGUAUCUCAGCAUCCUUCUGAUCAAUCUUGGGACUGGUUAGAUGGAUCAGAAGUGACAUUUGUCAAAUGGGCAAAUAAACGUAAGAACAAUGGUGGAAAAUGUAGCAUUUUGCUAGCUUCAAAUGAAACUUGGAUGAAGGUUGAAUGUUCACGUGGCUAUGGAAGAGUUGUCUGCAAAGUCCCUCUCGACUGUCCAUCCUCCUGGGUUCAGUUCCAAGACAGUUGUUACGUUUUUCUUCAAGACAACAUAAAAGUAGAAAGCCUAGAGGAUGUCAGAAGUCAGUGCAUUGACCAUGGAGCAGACAUGAUAAGUAUACACAAUGAAGAAGAAAAUGCUUUUAUACUGGAUACUUUGAGAAAGCAAUGGAAAGGCCCGGAUGAUAUCCUACUGGGCAUGUUUUAUAAUACAGAUGAUGACAGUUUCAAGUGGUUUGAUAAUUCAAACAUGACAUUUCAUAAGUGGACAGACCAAGAUGAUGAGGAGGAUCUAGUUGACACCUGUGCCUUUUUGCACACCAUGACUGGUGAAUGGAAAAAAGGAAAUUGUGAAAUUUCUUCUGUGCGUGGAACCCUUUGUAAAGCAGCCAUUCCAUAUGAAAAGAAAUACUUAUCAGAUAACCACAUUUUAAUAUCUGCUUUGGUGAUUGCUAGCACAGUAAUUUUGACAGUUUUAGGAGCAAUCAUUUGGUUCCUGUACAAAAGAAAUUGGAAUUCUGGUUUCACCACAGUUUUUUCAACUGCACCCCAAUCACCUUAUAAUGAUGACUGUGUUUUGGUAAUGGCAGAAGAAAAUGAACGUGCCAUUCAAUUUGAAUGAAAUUUUGGAAAUCUCAGAUUAAGACAUCAAAUAAACACUGACAGUGAUUCAUGUGCAAGAUUUUAAUAUAGAACUUCACAAUGUUUUUAUUGUAUAUAUCCUUACUUCAGUAACAUUCAUCUUAUUUGAAAAUGGAAAUUAUCUUAGAUGUUAGUGGUUUUAACCACCUUCCCAAAUGUUACUUUCCACUGGAAUGAAUGAAAGCUUAAAACCCAAGCAGGGGGGAAAAAAAAACCCAGCACCCACUCUACUUGUCUUAGCUGUUUUAUCUUCCCUCCCAUUUAGUUGAACCACCUUAUAGUUGGGGGGGGGGGGAAUUCUAUGUACUGCUAGUUUUAGUAAUCGCUAGAGACUUGCCUUUUAAUAAGCAUGAUGUGGGGAAUAAACCUUUUAUAUAUACUAUAUAUAUAUUUGGAUACAUGAGUGCAAGCUUGUUAUUCUGGCAUAUAAUUCCUGUUUUCAUCUUUAUGAUUCACAUUUAUAAAGUUUCAGAGAUUGUAACACCCUAAAUUCCAGUAAAUCAACAAAUGGUAUUUAGCACUGACCACAAAUGGUUAGAAUUUUAAUAAAAUUUUACAAAUUUUUCUUGAAACAAAAUGAUCACAGCCACACCAAGGUGGUGGGAGGCUGGUAGUAGAACACUAGCAUCGUAACACCUCUAAGGAAUCUUCCACUCUCACACCUGCUCCUUUGUGAGGUGGUUUCAUACUCCCCACUGACAAACCAUGUCAUUCAAUGACAUAAAAACUAAGCAAAAAAUGCAGAAAAAUGUACUACUGUAGUGACAAUGCUUAAAAGUUUUCAGCACAACUUCUUUAACAAUUUAAGGCUGAAAAAUAAUCAUUUGGGGGGUAAAAAAUAAAAAUGGGGAAAAGCUAAGAGUUACUUUUCUAAGUGUUCUUUACAGCUAAAAAAAAAAACUAUUAAAAUAUAAAUGCAUAAAGGUCACACUAAUUAUCUAGACACUUGAGCGCUCAAGUAUUCUUACCCCCUAAUGCAGAACAUUAGCUUAUGAAUACUUUUCUUACAUUUCUCGUUUGACCAAAGGCAACAAAGUCGCAGUUUAUGCUGUAUUUCCAUUGGCCUCACCAUGAAUCAAAAACCUCCCUGAUCACAAUAGCACUUUGUUGAGACUACAGUGUAGUUGAAUAACUACAGUGAUGAGGACUAUAGUGUGACUAUAUGGUACUGAGCAAAUUUUACAGCAGCUCCAUUAUACAGUUAUGCUCUGUAGAGCUUUAAAUUUCUUAUGUAGUGAUUUAGAAGUCAAAAUAUUUUAAGUUCCUAAGUAGCACUAAUAGUAGUGAACAUUAGAAUUCCUUCUUGCUCUCCUAUUCAAAUUCUUACCUAACACUGUCAAAAAUCUGUACUGUCCAAUAUGGUCGCCAGUAGCCAUAUGUGGCUAUUUAAAUUAA